CCUGCAACUCCCACUGCUACCUUCCGUUGUAAACAAUCCCUCCGCCGCUUGUUAAGUAAACAUCCGCCGCCUCCGUCUCCGGAAAUGGCCUCCGCCGUGACCCCCGUCGGUGCAAUCAACGUCAACAGAGCUCCGUUGAGCUUGAAUGGAUCUGGAGCAGGAUCUGCAUCAGCUCCAACUUCAUCCUUCUUGGGCAAGAAGCUUGUGACCGCCUCAAGAUUCCCGCAGAACAGUAACGUGAAGAGCAAGUCAUUCAAGAUCGUGGCUGUGGAGGAGGGAAAACAGACCGAUGGAGACAGGUGGAAGGGUCUGGUCACUGACAUUUCGGAUGACCAACAAGACAUCACCCGCGGAAAGGGUAUGGUCGACUCGCUCUUCCAGGCCCCAAUGGGAACCGGCACCCACCACCCUGUCCUAAGCUCCUACGAGUACAUCAGCCAGGGUCUCAGACAGUACAAUUUGGACAACACCAUGGACGGUUUGUACAUCGCCCCUGCUUUCAUGGACAAGCUCAUUGUUCACCUCACCAAGAACUUCUUGAAGUUGCCAAACAUCAAGGUUCCACUUAUCUUGGGUAUUUGGGGAGGCAAAGGACAGGGUAAAUCCUUCCAGUGUGAGCUCGUCUUCGCCAAGAUGGGCAUCACCCCGAUCAUGAUGAGUGCAGGAGAGUUGGAGAGUGGAAACGCAGGAGAGCCGGCAAAGCUGAUCAGACAAAGGUACCGUGAAGCAGCGGACAUAAUCAAGAAGGGGAAGAUGUGUUGCCUCUUCAUCAACGAUCUAGACGCAGGAGCUGGACGUAUGGGAGGCACAACUCAGUACACUGUCAAUAACCAGAUGGUGAACGCCACCCUCAUGAACAUAGCUGAUAACCCAACAAACGUCCAGCUUCCUGGGAUGUACAACAAGGAAGAGAAUGCUCGUGUCCCCAUCAUUGUCACCGGUAACGAUUUCUCCACUCUGUACGCUCCUCUCAUCCGUGACGGUCGUAUGGAGAAGUUCUACUGGGCUCCCACACGUGAUGACCGUGUCGGUGUCUGCAAAGGUAUCUUCAGGACAGACAAUGUCCCGGACGCGGACAUUGUCAAGCUCGUCGACCAAUUCCCCGGCCAAUCCAUCGAUUUCUUCGGUGCAUUGAGGGCGAGAGUAUACGAUGACGAAGUGAGGAAGUUCAUCGAGGGAGUCGGAGUCGAGAAGAUCGGGAAGAGACUGGUGAACUCGAGGGAGGCUCUCCCGACCUUCGAGCAGCCCGCCAUGACCAUCCAGAAGCUUCUGGAAUAUGGAACAAUGCUUGUUCAGGAGCAAGACAACGUUAAGAGAGUCCAACUCGCCGACACGUACCUAAAGGAGGCUGCGUUGGGAGACGCAAACGCAGACGCCAUUAACCGAGGAGCCUUCUAAUUCGGUUAAGCCCCUCAAUACAAGACCUAUACCGGGGAGGGCAAGCAACACAAGCGAGUUUGCCAGUUCCAGAAGGGUGUGUACUGAUCCUAGUGAUGAUGGGAUUUGUGUUUACACUUUUGCGGAUAAAAAAAUAAUAAUUUGCUCUUUCUUUUAUAUAUAUAUAUUUGUAAAAUCAUGCGAUUGUGGGUUUUGCCCUUUCUGUAAUUGAAGUGGAUCGGUGCUUUUCCUCUAUGAUAACGUGCAAGCAAUAAUUCACCCGUUUU